UGUCUUGCAGACUGAAGUGGCCUCGUCUGGCCCGGCGCGCCGCCCGGUCCCAUGGAGCUGGAGGGGCAGUGGUGGCGGGGACAGCUGGCUGCUGAUAUUCACCAAGCCCUUCGGUACAAGGAGCUGAAGUUACCCUCCUAUAAAGGCCAGUCCCCUCAACUAAGUCUCAGAAGGUAUUUUGCUGACUUGAUUGCCAUUGUGAGCAAUCGCUUCACACUCUGCCCUUCUGCCCGACAUCUUGCUGUCUAUUUGCUGGACCUAUUUAUGGAUCGGUAUGACAUCUCUAUCCAGCAGCUUCAUUUAGUUGCACUUUCCUGUCUGCUUCUGGCAAGUAAAUUUGAAGAAAAAGAAGAUAGUGUGCCUAAGCUAGAGCAGCUCAACAGCCUGGGUUGUAUGACUAAUAUGAAUCUAGUAUUGACAAAACAAAAUUUGCUACAUAUGGAACUAUUAUUAUUAGAAACUUUUCAGUGGAACCUCUGCCUUCCAACAGCUGCCCAUUUCAUCGAGUAUUAUCUCUCUGAAGCAGUACACGAAACAGAUCUUCAUGAUGGCUGGCCAAUGAUUUGCCUGGAAAAAACUAAACUCUACAUGGCCAAGUAUGCAGAUUACUUCCUAGAAGUAUCUUUGCAAGAUUAUGCCUUUCUAAAUUAUGCACCUUCUUUAGUAGCUGCUGCAUGUGUGGCUUCUUCAAGGAUUAUACUUCGUCUUUCUCCAACGUGGCCUACAAGACUUCAUCGUCUUACUGCUUACUCCUGGGAUUUCUUAGUGCAGUGCAUUGAACGGCUAUUGAUUGCUCAUGAUAAUGAUGUGAAAGAAGCAAACAAACAAAGAGGACAAGCAGUACCUCAGCCAGCACAACUAAGUGUGUUCCAGACAACAUCCCAGCCCUCGAGGUCAGUUCACUUUCAACAACCUCAGUAUCUCCAUCAGACGCAUCAGACCUCACUGCAGUAUCGCCAUCCUAUAUCAGAGCAACCAAGCUGUCAGCAGAUUGUAUCUACCACACACACCUCAUCUUACACACUACAGACAUGUCCUGCUGGGUUCCAGACUAGUGUUCAGGGCCUUGGGCAUGUGCAGACUGGUGUUGGGAUGUCACUGGCAAUACCAGUGGAAGUUAAGCCCUGUCUAAAUGUUUCUUAUAACCGGAGUUAUCAGCUAAAUGAACAUUUCCCUUGCAUUACUCCAUGUUUUGAAAGGUGAUUUUGUGUGAUGGUAAUGGUAACACCUGAUCCAGACUGUUUUGUGACUUGAAGCUGUGGGCCAGCUUUUUGUAAACUUCUCUAAAGGGAUUCAAAUUGCAUCAGAACUCUUUAAAUAGCAGCACCAGGAAGACUGAAUAUCCCUUUGAAUGCACCAUGAAUACUGGGAGGACUAAGCACACACUUUAACAGUAUGUAUGUCAAAUUCUGUUAAAUAGCUACAUGACAAAAAUUGUCAGCCCCUGCUGAGGGUCCAAGUAUUUCAAAAAUAUUCAAUACAACAAAAUUUGGACAGUUUCUAUCCAUUUUGCUGUUUUGAAAGUUAACCUGUGGUGGGCUCUGCGCCUAAUGUUGGCUUAUAUUGUCAGAGAUUAAUAGUUGUCUGUGUACUUGCCAAAUAGUCUUUUUAUGAAGGAAAGUUACAGUAUUAAUUUUUGAAGAGGUCCUUUUUUUUUAUUCUGCAGUUUUGAGUUAUAUUCUUGUUCUACAAGUGAUUUUUUGACUUAAGUUUAAACUCAUGAAUUGCCAUACCGAUCUGUACAGUAAAAAUAAAUUUUUUAGAUGAGUCUAUAUAACUUCCUAUCACAAGAUAGUAUAGGUACCUGAUUUAUGUACUAAAAUUAAGGAUGAAGUAGAUCUCUUAAAAUCAUGGCCAUAAAUUGUUGUUUUUUUUCCCUAAGUGACCAACCUCAAAUCUUUAGAAUUAAAACACAUUUAUCUCAGGGAAUUUGUACUACUUGGAAACACUUAACUGUAAUGCAACAUGUUUUGGGAAUGUUUUAGUAUGAGCUACCUUUAUAACAUAGGUUAAAAUACUCCUGCUAGGAUGUAUUUUCAAAUGAGAACAUAAUUGUAGCUUAGAAUGAAUGAAAUGGUGGUUUCUAUCCUUCAUAAUACAUAUAUAGAUUUUGCAUUUCUCAGUGCAAUGAUUUAUACUCAGAUUUGAUUUUACUCUAAAGGAGUUUUUUUUUUAAGAUACUCAGAUUUGAUUUUACUCUAAAGAAGUUUUUUCAAGGGAAGGCAUAACUGUAAAAUGUCAGUACUAGAAUAAAGUUUUGUAGGUUUCUUUUUAAGUGAAUGUGGCCAGGGUAGUUCUCAGGUUGUGCUAGAGCAGCACUUUGUUACAUGGAAGACAGGUUUUAUAAGCAACCUUUGUGUCCAGCUAGUCAGUAUAAGCAGGCAAGAGUGUUGAUUACUAAACUUCAGUAGCCAUUUUCAAUAGAUUGGCCCCAGAAACUGCCCUGGGACUUUUCACUAUACUGGUAAUGAGUGAAAACAGCAAUGAUAAGUCAUUACAGCAAGGGCAAUUUGAGGGUAAUGAGUUUGGAGGGAGUAAACAUAAAAAGAAAAAUCAUUGUAAUAACUGAAACUAUAUACAUUGUGCUCUUAUCUGUGGGAGAAGAGAGAUUUGGUGGAGGGAAGCUUUCUGAUUUAAAAAUUAGUAAGGUGUGUCUUUUUGUUUGUGUUUUUUUUUUUUUUUUUUAAGAUAGCACUUGAAUAGAAGGGAAACUGCAUGGCAGGUAGGCGACCGCCACAAUAUGCAUUGAAGACAAACAUAAAGAUGUGGGUAUGCAGCAAGAGUCUCAGUAAACAAGCCAAAUGGCUUCUGUUAGGAAGGGAAGGGACUCAAAAAAUGAUCCAAAUGGCUCCAGUGGAUAAGUGUGGGUGGGUGGCUUCUGCCAGUGUGAAUUCUUAGAGAAUGUCCUUUCCUUAAAACAGAGGUAACCUUUAUAAUUAGAGUACAUAGGGCAUGAUGUGGAUUUAUUAGUCUGGUAGAUAAAAAUAAAAAAUUAAAAACCACUCAGGUAAGAACACUUACAUGGCAGUUUUCAAGCAUGAAAAUUGUUUUAUGAAAGUAUCAUCAUUUUUCCUCUUUAUAGAAGGCUGCUAAUUGAAUUUUGGUAGUUCUUACCUCAAGAGAACUUGAAUUAUUUUGGGGAAGGUGGGUUCAUUAGAAUAUAUCUUUAGUAUUCACAUUCAGAACCCAGCAACCUGGAGUCCAAUUUUCAGUGUUUUAACUACCUCAGUAAUACUAUGAAUGUAAGAUACUGGGAUAGAGAUCCCAACUUGAAACAACAACUGGUGCCUAUCGUAAUUUAAUGUAUUGUCAAAUGCUUUUAUUGAUUGGUUUAAAUGUCAUUCUUGUUAUAGAAUAUGCCUUUUUAAAAAGCUUAUAAUAACCCACUCCCAGUUUAUAUUUAAAAAAGCUAAAGAACACUGGAUUACUUUGGGUGGGGGGGGAGGUAGAAUAAAAUAAUUGGUUAUUAUUGCUGCAUACCCAGGGUGGGGUGGGAUGGGGUUGUUGGAGAACCAGAACUAUUUUUAAAACAUUAGAUUUCAGUAUGAAUUCAAGUCACAACUGCUAGCUUUGGGAGGUGUGGGUGGGGGGAGUUAUGUGGGUUUCGUUUUGUUUAACUUAUUGACUAGUCUUUAAAGUAGGUCUUCUUUUUUUUAUAUAUUACUGGACCAUCAUUAAAUGUGUACUGUGAAGAGAUUAAUGAUGUGUAUAAAGGGCUUUACCAAAGUCCACUGAAUAAACACUACUCAAAUACAGACUGCAAACCAAAUGUAUCUGUUAUAACAUUAAAAUGCAAAUGGCGAGUAUGGUGCUAAAGUCUACACCCGUGGAGUUAGAUGAGUGCUAUGCACUUAAUUUUAAAAUAAAACUAGUUUUCAAUAAAAUGGUUUUGGUGUUUUGUUUUUUAAAUGUAAAUUUGAUGUAUACUUGCAUCUUCAUUGAGCCAUGUCAUCAUAUAAGUCAGACUUGAAAUCACGAUGAUACUUGCUAAGAGGCAUCUAGAUGUAGAAUAUAACUGUAGUGGUGGGAAGCAUUUGUCCAUUCAUUGUGUUUUCCACACUGAGCAUCAAAGCUCACAAAAGUAUAUUGAACGCAGUUUUGACGCUUUUGAGCUUCCAGUUAGGUGUGUGUUAGCAGUGUCUAAUUAAACAAUGCAAGCUUCAGAAAAUUGAAAUCUAAUUCAAAGAAAAUAGUCAAGCGUGUGAGAGGGAACAGGGUCAACAGUGAGUGAUAAUGGUCUGUUCACCUAAGUUUAAGUAUUAUUUGCUACUAAUUCAACUUAAAACUUAGAUAUAAUUUGUUCUGAAGAGUAAAAUUUUAACAGGUUUGUGUGGGUUAGGAAUUCACACUCCUAGAAAGCAUUUUUUAAAUUAGUCUUAUGUAUUGUCAGUUGCUCUGGCACAGAAGCAGGGUUUAGCCACAGCCCUUAUGAGAAUCAAUACACAAUGAUCUUUGAGGCUGAAUUUAAGAAACAGAGCAAUAAGCAUUCCAAAUCAGGACAGGUAGCUUUACUUUGAGGUGAUUCUGAAUCCCAUGUGACAUGUUUUUAAUCAUCAACAACUGUCCUUCUCAAGUUCAUGAUAAAAGAUUUACCUCCCUAGCCAUAAGCAGCUUAUAUUUAGCUUGAUAUGACUAGCACACUUGAAACAAUUGGAAUUAUAUAGUCUAGAACUCAGUUUAAUAUUAUUUUGAUUUCAGGAUCACUAGCUUACAAAGUGGUAGUAUCAUUUUGCCUUCCCACAAGCAUUGAGAGUUCCUGUUGCUCUACAUCCUCACCAGCCUUUGGUGGUGUCAGUGUUCCAGAUUUUGGCCAAUAGAUGUGUAGUGGUAUCUCAUUUAAAAAAUCCCUUAGAUUAAAAAAAAAA